AUUCAGAACGACCGAUCCCGUCAAAUGUCUUCAUCCUAGUAGAGGAGAGGCCUGCACAGACAAUCGGAGACAAUGCGAGUUUCAUGACAAAGGCUACUGCAAGAUGGUACAAAAGAACGCGGAGCAAGGAAUCUGCAAACAGGACUACUGUAAGACCGACGGGGCUUCUGCUGAUGAUCCAGAAUACUGUACGCCCGAAGCGGCCAUAGAUCUGAGACAAAGAUGCAAAGAUGCUCCGCUCGACUGUUGGCGGGGGGAUACGUGCAGAUCGAUCAGGGACAUGUCGCACGAGAGUAGCUAUUAUUAAGGCUCUGCCUAAUCCAUCUCUCUGAGCACCUCUCAACCAUAUGCACUCCAAUACAAGGGCAAUGCUGGCGCAUAUCUUUGAGGCGUUUCCAUCAGGGAUGAACUGGGGAGAGCUCUAAUUUAUCUUUAUUUGCGGUAAGGCGAGGCUUGACGCGUGCAGCGGUGAGGCAUAUUAUAAAGCUAACAAAGUUUGGUGUACAGUUGACCUUGUUUCUCAUAUUUUAUGCAAGGCCGACAGGUUCAAAGACCACCCCGUCUGCAAAAAGAUAAGGCAAGAGACACAACGCAACACUGCGCGUGCGGGCUCCUUUCUCCAGAUUCCUAC